GCCACCGGCUGAAAACAUUGAAUGCAAAAUACCGUUGGACAACGUGCAUUCCUUUGGUGAAUCCUCUGCCAUUGUCCUCACUACCCAAACGUUACUUGCAGACAAUUUCCGUGUUCACAUCAUCCUCUACAUCAGGACAAUCUGUAAAUGGGCUUUACCAAUUCCUGACUCCUUGGCAUGCCUGACUCCUUCAUGUGGGUCUUUCUUUCUGAUCAUUUAUUUAUUGGGCAUUUGAAUUUCUUUGGAAGGUUGGUUAUUCUUAAAUGCAGGGAGUACAUCUCUUUGAAACUAAGCUCUGCCAUUAAUUAAUUGCAUGAGCUACAACAUGAUUGUAACCUACCUGCUCCCAAUUAGUUUUCUUAAUGACUAUUACAUUGUAUCCUUUAAAUACACAACAGGGAGUCGAAGUGAAUCAUGACAGUAUCCGUUAACCUACCUGCUCAAAGAGAAAAGGAAAGAAGCUCAAAAUGGCAGUAAGCAAAGCUAUGGGAGGGUAUGGAGUACUCAAGCUCAGUGUUGUAGAUGUGCUUCUCACUUGUCUUGCCAUUGCAGGGCAAGCAGAAGCAGUAGCCAUGGUGAUGGGUAGUGUUUUCUGUGAUCAAUGCAGAGAUGGGCACCUUUCUCUCUUUGAUGUCCCCAUUAUUGGGGCAAAAGUGGAACUAGAAUGUGCAGGGCAGGUAGCAACAACUGCCACCACCAAUUACAUUGGCAACUUCAUCAUGAAAUUGGAUGGAACGCCAGAUCUGUCUUCAUGUACGGCCAGAGCUACACAGAGUCCCCCAGAUUCCCAAUGCAAUAUACUGGGCAGUCCUGCAAAAUCUCUCAGCCUGACCUUCAGUUUCUUUGGCAUGGAGUUAUAUUCAGUGGACUCACUCUUCUUUUACCCGGCCAAGACUAUGUCUUUAUGCGUGAAAACCCCUCGUCCUCGCCCUCCCUCAUUCAACUUCGCUCCUCCUCCACCAGCAGCCGUCCUUCCGCCGCCAUCGCCGCCACCUGCAGCAAUCUUUCCUCCUCCUCCUUCUCCUCAUCCGGUCAUUUCUCUGCCUCCCCUGCCCUUUCUGGAGCCAUCUGCCUGUACUUAUGAUAUCUGGGCGAAGAGAGAAUACAACUGCCAUUGGAAAAUUGUGAGCCCAGACACCAAGGUAAGCGAUGUGUUUGGUCUAGAGGCGGGCAAAAGGUAUGGACCCAAUCUGACACUCUGGCAAGGCCUGAUAGGGCGGGGAGAUGUGUAUAAGACAUUAUUGAGGGAAGCAACAGCAGCGCUUCUGAAUUCCUACACAACAUUGAACUUUCAGUACAACAGUGUGAGCGUAGGAAUGCAUAUGUACUGGGCUCUGCACUCUGCCUCUCCACAGUAUGCUCUGAAACAGGCUUUCUCCUUCAAGAAAGCUAAUAUGGGAUUAGGAGGCAAGGUGAAGGCUAAAUGCAUGCUCAAGCCUUGCAAGUGAAGUGGGGCCUGCCAUACUAGUAGGAUUAAGUAGUCAUUACUAUGUUUUUGCUUUAAAAUGCUAUUAUUCAUUUUGCUCUGUAUUGAUCAAUGGCGGCCACCUAUUUACUGGCCGUACCUGAGAGUCAAUUCAUUUUGUAUGCAGGCAUAAAAUGUUUCGUAGGCCAUAGUCUAUAGGUCAUACUGGUAGGGGUAAUAUUAAUAUCGUGAUCGAGGCGUUCUAGUAUGUACAAUACUUGUGGCUGCCAUGUUGUGUUCUUCCAUCUGUAGAUGCAUGGUGUGGAACAGAGUCUGUAGUGGGAGUUGAAAUAUAUGAAAUAAAAUCUGAGAUCUAACUAUUCA